AUGAAGGAACAAGCUGGCCGUAUAUCGCUGGCCCAAGAUGAAAAGGGGACGAAAAGCGUAAGGGAUAUGACCUGGUCAAGUCAACAACAUGAGUCUGAAGAGGUGGAGGUCCACGCAUCAUUCCAGUUGACUCAACUGAAGAGGAAACUUAAAAGUAGACACCUUCAGAUGAUUGCGAUUGGUGGAACCAUUGGCACAGGUCUAUUCAUCGGAAGUGGCGCUGCAAUUUCAAAAGCUGGUCCUGCUGGCGCUCUGAUCGCAUAUGCCUUUGUUGGCUUUAUCGUCUUCUCCGUCAUAGUUUCGCUUGGGGAAAUGGCUACAUACAUUCCCAUACCUGGCGCUUUUACCUCUUAUGCUACCCGUUUCAUUGACCCUAGCCUUGGUUUUGCUAUGGGCUGGAUAUACUGGUUUUCAUGGGCCGUCACUUUUGCACUCGAGCUGACGGCGACGGGUCUCAUCAUUCAAUAUUGGAAUGAUACUAUCCCCAUCGGAGUUUUCAUAGCUGGUUUUUGGAUUUUUAUUACCGCCAUCAACAUGCUGCCUGUCAGUUUCUACGGCGAGAUCGAGUUUUGGUUUUCCAGCAUCAAGGUCAUCACGGUCAUUGGUUUCAUGAUAUUUGGGAUCUGCAUCAAUGCGGGUGCAGGUCAGCAAGGCUACAUUGGCUUUAAAUAUUGGUACAACCCCGGGGCGUUUGCUCCAUAUCUCCUCGAAGUUAUUGGCAACGACAGAGUCACAACAGCAAAAUUUAUCGGUUUCUGGGCAACUCUUAUCCAAGCCGGGUUUUCAUACCAAGGAACCGAAUUGGUCGGCAUCGCAGCUGGCGAGACUGAAAACCCACGCAAAGUCGUGCCAGCAGCAAUAAAGAAAACCUUUUACCGCAUUCUAUUCCUCUUCGUUCUUACCAUAUUCUUCAUCGGUAUUCUAAUUCCAUACACGAACCAAGAUCUCCUCUCAAAUGCCUCCAACGCCUCGGCUUCUCCAUUCGUCAUCGCCGCCAAACUUGCCGGGGUCAAAACACUCCCAGGCCUCAUCAACGGCGUCCUUCUCACUGUCGUCCUCUCCGCUGCCAACUCCAACGUUUACUCCGGUAGUAGAAUACUUGUGUGUCUAGGCCACGACGGUUGCGCACCCAGAUUAUUCACUAGGGCCACCCGGAGAGGCGUCCCAAUCUUCAGCGUGCUUUUCACUGCCGCUUUUGGCCUGCUCAGCUUCCUCAACCUGUCCAACAGUGGCUCCAUUGUCUUCGAAUGGUUCAUGAACAUCAGCAGUAUCGCCGGCUUUAUUUCAUGGACAUGCAUUAACGGUUGCCACCUUAGCUUCAUGCGCGCUCUUCGCGUCCGGAAUAUUUCCCGCCAUACACUUCCCUACAAGGCACCUUGGCAACCAUACCUUGCCUAUUUUGGCCUCUUUUUUAACGCCUUUAUUAUCAUCACGCAGGGUUUCACUUCCUUCAUACCGUGGAACACAUCGCGUUUCUUCGUUUCGUAUGUUAGUUUGAUUCUCUUUGUUGUCAUGUACACGGCACACAAAAUCGUAUUCAGGACGGCCUUCGUCAAGCCGUGUGAAGCGGAUUUAGAUACUGGUCGGGUAGAACUUGAUGCGGAGACGUGGGAAACACCUAAAAUUACCACAACCUUUUUGGGACGAGUCCGUCAUCGGAUGCACGCGAUGUUUUGUUGA